CAGGCCUUUUCCCAAUCCAGAAACAGGACGCUAUGCUAACGUGCGCUUCUCACUCUCCCUCGACAAAUCCAUUAACGCCCUGCUCCACCUCCAUUACUCAGGUCUGAUUUCCCUCCUUUUUUCUUUCCUCUAUUCUUCGAGGCCGUAGACUCGUGGUGACACUAUUCGAAACCUUGACUUUUGUUGUUUUCUCCUUGCGUUCUGUUUUCUAUAUGUAUAUAUACUAUAUAUAUAUAUUUUACAAUUUGAUUCCUGUUCGCGUUUUGAAAUCCCGUUGCUUAAGGUAUAAAGGAGCCAUUGGUAUACCUGCAUUAGAGCUCACUAAUUCAGAGAGAUUCUCAGUGGUUCUGUCUUGUUAUAGCUUUUGUACCGGAAACCUUUUUGUUAUAGUUCCAAUUGUGGUGGAUAUGACUUUAAAUUCUUAAUAGAAGAGGCGUUAAUUUCGAAACAUGAGCUUCAAUUUCUUGGUAAUUGAGAAAUGGAAGGCGAUGAUUUGUCAAGUUCAGUUACUUCCCAUGUUAAGCUAGGGUUACAAGAAGGUUUGUUGUCUCAGAAUAAUUUGUUGAAACCUAGGGUUGCUAAGAAAAUGGAAGGUGAAGAUAAUAAGAAGUCUGGAGCUAAAGACAGAUCGAAACAGAUUCAAAUUGGUCUUGAUUCUGAAGAUGAUGAGCCUAUUAGGUCUUUAUUCAAGUUGAAGAGACCUAGAAUCCUUAAUAAGGUUAAGGCUGAAAUUAGGGAUGAGAAAUUGAUGCCUGAAGCUGAAGAUUUUGCGGGUAUGGAUGAUACAUUAGCAAGUUUUAGGAAGAGGUUGAAAGGUCCUAAAAAAGACAUUGGAUCUGUUAGUGCUAGGCCUUUAGAGGAAAAUGCAGAUAAAGGGCGUGUUGAAGCUGGUAAUUUGAUGGAUGCGAGUAUGAAUAAAGGAAUGACAGAACGCAAACAUAAAGAAUGGGAUAAGAAAACAAAAAGUGAUCCUAAGAAAGAGAAAAUUAGGGUUAACUCCAUGGUUGAUGAUUCUUCAGAAAAUCUUGAAUCCUGUGUGGAAGAUCAAAAAGAGGAAGGAGCAAGUCACUCUUUGGAUGAGAAGUUAGAAGACUCUCUGUCUUGUAUUUUAAAGAAGGCACAAUCUGGUCCGAUAAGGAAGUCUCGCAUGAAUUCAUGUCCAAAACAGAACAAUAGGGUUCGGAGUUUGGAGGAUGGCUUGAGCCCUACCUCUGAAGACAAUAAGAUGGCGACACACCAAAGCCUUGGCAAUGGUUUUUGUCAAGCUUCAGAUUCCACAGAAAGGACUUCUGAUAAAAUUAGGAAGUCCAGUCAUCAGAGACAUGGUAGAUCUUCAGUAAUUUUUUAUCCGUCUUCGGUAUCUCAUUGUAGCAGGAUUCAAGAUGAAAAUAUGCUAGAUCCUAGUGUCUUAAAUGUUCAAGAGGGGCCUGUGGUGCAUCCUUGCAGCACACAAAGAAUAUGUGAUGGAAAUUGUUCCGUUUCUGGUCAAGAGGAUAGCUUGGAAACUCUUUCGCUGAAGAGUGGUUUAAAGCUUUGUACUACGGGGAUGGCAAAAUUUUUUGUUACUGAUGAUGUAAAAGAGCCCACACUUGCAGCGGUGAAGUCUGAAUGCAUUGAGGGAUUUAGCGGGCAUGGUUUUGACAAAGAUAUAAAGGAUGCAUGUGACCAGAUAUCUGAAGGUGUUUCAACUGCAUGCAUUUCAAAUGUGGAAAACCAAAUUUCAUUUUCUUCAAGUAGAAAAAAAAUAUCACCACCUUGGGAUGAUGAGUUGAUGAACAAGUCAUCUAAAAGUUCAUCUAGCAAGAUCUAUGAUCCAGCUUAUGAGAGAAUUUUAGAUGGUACUCUGAAAGUUAACUCAACUCGGAACCAUUUGAAGAAGGAUAAAGAUGCUGAUUCUACAAUAGUUUCGCCAAAGGUUGAAGAAACUUGUGGUGCUUGUAAUGAUCCAAAUGCUUAUUGCGAGAAGUCAUACCCUGCUUCAGUUUCUCCCAAGAAGGAAGCUGGGGCAAUUUCUAAUGGUAAGUUAUCUUCAAUUACUGCAAUGUCUAAUGAAGUCCAUAAAGCUGCUUGUACUUUCCAGAUGAACCGCCAAGGGAACUCCUUAGAAAGUUUUGCCCGUCCAAAUGACCCCUCCAUCUCCACUGAAAAGUGCAGCACUGUUUGCCAUCAAAAUGUCUCUUCAGAUGAUGUAAUGAAAGGGAACUGUUUUCCAAGUCAUGAUUUCAUCAAUGAAGAGAUGACUCAGUCCAUAACUCCAGAGGAAAAUGAAAGUUGUCAUGAAGAUGCUGUAUCUAUUCCUGAUUCUGAAAUCAAAGAUGGCAAGUCAUCUUCUGUUCAACGUGGUUCAAGGAAGACUAAAAAACGUAGACAUGGGGACAUGGCUUAUGAAGGGGAUCCUGAUUGGGAGAUCUUGGUAAAUGAUCAACGUUAUCCAGAAGGAGAGCAGGCUGUUGAUGGUGAUAGAUGUUUUAGAACAAGAGAGAAAUCUGAUUCCUCUUCAAUUGGUGUUACAGAAACUGACAGUGGUGGGGCAGCAGCCGUGUCAGUUGGACUGAAAGCCCGUGCUGCUGGUCCUGUCGAGAAAAUAAAAUUUAAGGAGGUCUUAAAACGCAAAUGCGGGCUUCAAGGAUAUCUGGAGUGCAGGAAUCAGAUUUUGGGUCUUUGGAACAAAGAUGUUAGUCGUAUACUGCCUCUUAGUGACUGUGGUGUCACAGAUACUCCUUCUGAAGAUGAAUCAUCACGCGAUUCUCUAAUUAGGGAAAUAUAUGCAUUUCUUGAUCAGAGUGGCUAUAUAAAUGUUGGAAUUGCUUCCAAUAAAGAGAAAGCAGAACCCAAUGUGAAGCAUAAUUAUAAACUUCUCGAAGAAAAAACUUUCGAGGUGAAUCCUGGAGCAUCAGUUGCUGAUUUGGAGGAUGGAGUCUCCUUUAUCCUUGGUCAAGUUAAAAGUUCUGAAACUUCCUUGGAAGCAAAUAAUGGAGUUACUGUUGAUGAAAACCCAGCACCAAAAACUACAGUGAGCAGGGAGCUUGUUACUCCAACGAAACUGGAAGUCUCCAAUGUAUUGGAAUACCAAGAAUGCCCAGCUGGUGAUAUUCAGCAAACUGGUACUGUUAAUGAAAAAUUAUCAAAUGGACUGGCCAAUUUGGAUGAUGUGCAUGCUGAUCCAUUUUGUGCAACUCUGGAGAGCACGGCAAAUGUUAUAACUCCAGAAUUAAGAAAUGACUUGCAAAGUAUUCAAUCAUCUUCAUGCAAUGAUGCCGGGAGGGAUUACAAUUUUCUUUGUGAUUCUGAAGGCAGGAAGAAGAUCAUUGUGGUAGGAGCUGGUCCUGCUGGCUUAACUGCAGCACGCCACUUGCAAAGGCAGGGUUUUUCUGUCGCUGUCCUUGAAGCUAGGAGUAGGAUAGGGGGGCGUGUUUAUACAGAUCGCUCAUCUCUUUCAGUUCCUGUAGAUCUUGGGGCUAGCAUUAUUACUGGUGUCGAGGCUGAUGUGGCUACUGAAAGGAGACCAGACCCUUCAUCAUUGAUAUGUGCUCAAUUAGGCCUUGAGUUGACAGUCCUGAAUAGUGAUUGCCCUCUUUAUGAUAUUGUGACUAGAGAAAAAGUUCCUACAGAUCUGGAUGAAGCAUUGGAAGCAGAGUACAAUAGCCUGCUGGAUGACAUGGUUUUGCUUGUUGCACAGAAAGGGGAACAUGCUAUGAAAAUGUCUCUGGAGGAUGGUUUAGAGUAUGCCCUUAAAAGACGUCGUGCGGCACGAUCAAGAACAGAUAUUGACGAAACCGAAUUUGCCACAGCCGAAGAUUUGUAUGGUUCAGAAAGUUGUAGUGUCGAUGGUGGAGUUCAUGAGAAAAGUUCUAAAGAGGAGAUUUUAAGUCCUCUUGAGAGGAGGGUCAUGGAUUGGCAUUUUGCCCAUUUGGAGUAUGGUUGUGCUGCUUUAUUGAAGGAAGUAUCACUUCCCUAUUGGAAUCAAGAUGAUGUUUAUGGAGGAUUUGGAGGAGCUCAUUGUAUGAUUAAAGGGGGUUACAGUAAUGUUGUAGAGUCUCUUAGUGAAGGACUUCGCAUUCACCUGAAUCAUAUAGUUACAGAUAUUUCAUAUAGCACCAAGGAAACUGGAUUAAGUGAAAGUCAAAAUAACAAAGUUAAAAUUUCCACGUCAAACGGUAGUGAGUUUUUGGGAGAUGCUGUGUUGAUCACGGUGCCACUUGGGUGCUUGAAAGCAGAAGGCAUAAAGUUCAAUCCUCCAUUGCCUCAAUGGAAAUGUUCUUCCAUCCAACGACUUGGUUUUGGAGUUCUUAAUAAAGUAGUUUUGGAGUUUCCAGAAGUAUUUUGGGAUGAUUCCGUAGACUACUUUGGAGCUACUGCUGAGGAGACUCAAAAAAGAGGCCAUUGCUUUAUGUUUUGGAAUGUUAGGAAAACUGUUGGCGCUCCUGUUCUUAUAGCCUUAGUAGUUGGUAAGGCAGCUGUUGAUGGCCAAAGUAUGAGCUCAUCAGAUCAUGUGAGCCAUGCACUAAUGGUUCUUCGUAAGCUUUUUGGGGAGGCUGUAGUACCUGAUCCAGUUGCUUCAGUAGUGACUGAUUGGGGUAGAGAUCCCUUUAGCUAUGGUGCUUACUCUUAUGUUGCUAUUGGAUCAUCUGGGGAAGACUAUGAUAUAUUGGGCAGGCCCAUUGAGAACUGUGUAUUUUUUGCCGGUGAAGCUACCUGCAAGGAGCAUCCUGACACAGUUGGUGGUGCUAUGAUGAGUGGGCUCCGGGAGGCAGUUCGUAUAAUUGACAUACUGAAUACUGGAAAUGAUUAUACAGCGGAAGUGGAGGCAAUGGAAGCUGCAGAGAGACACACAGAAUGGGAAAGAGAUGAAGUCAGGGAUAUUACAAAGAGACUUGAGGCAGUUGAAAUCUCCAAUGUCCUGUACAAGAAUUCCUUAGAUGGAGACCAGAUUGUAACCAGGGAAGCUUUACUACAAGAAAUGUUCUUUACUUCUAAAACUACUGCAGGACGAUUACAUCUGGCGAAAAAGUUGUUGAAUCUUCCUGUUGAAACCUUGAAGUUAUUUGCUGGGACCAGAAAAGGACUUGCCACACUUAAUUCGUGGAUUCUGGAUUCAAUGGGGAAGGAUGGGACCCAGCUCUUGCGUCAUUGUGUUCGGCUUCUUGUACUUGUUUCAACUGAUUUACUUGCAGUGCGUUUGUCAGGCAUAGGGAAAACUGUCAAAGAAAAAGUUUGUGUGCAUACCAGCCGUGAUAUACGUGCCAUAGCAAGUCAGCUGGUCAGUGUGUGGCUUGAAGUCUUUCGCAGAGAAAAAGCUUCAAAUGGUGGACUGAAGCUAUUGAGACAAGCAACUGCAAAAUCUAUAAGCAACCAAGCCUCAGGGAAGCCACCGCUGCGUUCUCAAUAUGGUGGUUUGGAGAGUAAUGCAAACAUGAAGAAAGUGAAUGGAAAGCUGGUGAAGCUGGAAACCUCAAAGGACUCGAAACUGGAAUCGUCCUCCCAUGCUUCUGUAGGUAGACAAGAUGCUGAGGUAGAGAAUGAGAACAAGUAUGCCAUGUCCGAAGAAGAAUUGGCUGCCUUAGCUGCAGCCGAGGCAGCCCAUGCUGCUGCUCGUGCAGCUGCUGAGGCAUAUGCGGAAGCCAAAUGUAACACUGUGCUGCAGCUCCCAAAGAUACCCUCAUUUCACAAAUUUGCAAGACGGGAACAAUAUGCACAGGUGGACGAAUAUGAUCUUAGAAGAAAGUGGUCUGGUGGUGUCCUGGGAAAACAAGAUUGUUUAUCAGAAAUAGACUCAAGGAACUGCAGAGUCAGGGAAUGGUCUGUUGAUUUUUCUGCUGCUUGUGUUAACCUCAAUAGUUCAAGAAUAUCUGUGGAUAACUUAUCCCAGCAGAGCCAUUCAAAUGAGAUUACAUGCCAUAUGAAUUUAAGAGAGCAGUCUGGAGAAACUGCUGCUGUUGACAGCAGUCUUUUUACUAGAGCAUGGGUUGAUUCUGCUGGCAGUGAGGGGAUAAAGGACUAUCAUGCCAUUGAGAGAUGGCAAUCUCAAGCAGCUGCUGCUGAUUCAGACUUUUUCCACCCAGCUAUGCAUAUAAAGGAUGAAGAGGAUUCAAACACAAGCUCAAAACCACACACUUGGAAGAAUGAUGGACGAUUAAAUGAGAGCUCCAUCUCACAAGUUACGUUAAGAAAGGAGCCACAGAAAAAUCAUCAUCGAGGUGCAGAACGCAUUAAACAGGCUGUCGUGGAUUUUGUUGCGUCACUCCUGAUGCCUGUUUAUAAGGCAAGGAAAGUUGACAGGGAGGGCUACAAAUCAAUAAUGAAGAAAACUGCAACUAAGGUCAUGGAACAGGCUACUGAUGCAGAAAAAGCAAUGGCUGUUUCCAAAUUUCUUGAUUCCAAACGCAAGAACAAGAUUCGUGCCUUUGUGGACAAACUGAUUGAGAGGCAUAUGGCAAUGAAGCCAACUGGGAAACCUUGAUGGUCCUCACAAUUGACUAGCUUGUGUUUGUGGCUGUGCCUCUAAGACAAUUGCAGAAGCUGUGUUAUGUUCUACUCAUGCACGAGUCCAUAGCAUAAGAUGCUGGCAUUCCUCGAUUGGGUCCCGUGUACAUACAUAAUCCAAACCAAAUGCUGUUGAAUGAUCCAGAAAGUGUCAAGGAAGAAGGGAGAUGGUUCUUAUGGCCUAUUGGAUCCCAUGGAAGCCUCGGUGAAGAUCACUUUCUGUUUGGCCUCUGUGGUGAAGAUCUUGCUCGACAAUUGUCAUGCUUUAGAAUGUCAUCAGAUUUGUGCUUGAUGUAUCAUGAAGUUAAAGGAGCUCAAGAAAGGUGUUCUAGCUCCAGUCUAUCCGGAUCAUAAGCAUCAGCACCUUUUGAAUCAGAUUAGUUAUCAGUUCAUUAUCCAUCAGAAUUGUACUUGAAGGGUGGAGAGUUGAUACCCUUUCUUCUUAAUAUAUUCAGGGACCGGAUAGACAAGACACUACUUGUUUCUGACUUCUUUUUCCCCUUUUCAAUAUGUGUACAGCUUAGGAUUGUUCAUGCUGGCAAGAUACAGAGCAUUUUUCUCUCUCCUAAAAAGUACUUAAAAGUACUGUCCUGAUUUUUCAAGUGAACAUUAAUUACUGACCUUUCUUUUUCAAUCCAAGGAAGCCUUUUCUUAA